GUCAGCUUAAGUAUAUUGAUAGUAUGCAAUUUAUGAAUUCUAGCUUAGCCACCCUUACAAAGAAUUUGGGUGAUGACCACCCAAUUACAACUGAGUAUUUCAAGAAGCAAGGCUAUUCCUCUAAACAGAUUUCCCUAGCAUAUCACAAAGGGAUCUUUCCUCAUGAGUAUAUUAUUUCUCAUGACCGAUUUAAGGAAACAGAACUACCUCUGAUUCAAGAAUUUCAUAGUGUCCUUGGAGAAUAUAAUGAUCUCUAUCUUAAGAUAGACGUGCUUAGUCUAGCAGAUGUCUGGACAACAUUUAGAAAGACAUCUAUACGUCAUUAUGGCCUUGAUCCCAGCCAUUAUGUAUCCGCACCUUCUCUAUCUUGGGAUGCUAUGCUUAAGAUGACCAAGGUCAAGAUUGAGCUAUUUACAGAAAUGGCAAUGCAUGACUUUAUUGAAAAGGCAAAGCGUGGUGGUAUUGCUAUG